UGCUGAGCUCGCUGGCCAACGCUGCCCUGGCCGUGCUGUUCUACUGGGCCGUGCGCAUGGUGGCACCUGCUGUCCUGGCCGUGGCCGGCUUGGUCUUCCUGCUGGCUGAGGUGCUGCCCUUCGCCGUCAGCUCGCGCUGGGGGCUGGCGCUGGCUCCCCGCGGGCUCUGGCUGACCCAGCUCUGUAUGCUGCUCACCUUUCCCGUCUCGCUGCCGCUCAGCAAGCUGUUGGAGCUGGCCCUGCAGCAUGACGCCAGCACCUGCCUCCUGCGGGAGAAGAUCGUGGACAUGGUGCGCAACAGUGACCCAUACAACGAGUUCGUGCGCGAGGAGUUCAGCAAGGGCGCCCUGCGCAACAAGACGGUGGAGGAUGUGCUGACGCCGCUGGACAAGUGCUUCAUGCUCAACGCCAAUGCCGUGCUGGACUUCAAGAGCAUGUCCAUGAUCAUGCAGAGCGGCUACACCCGCAUCCCCGUCUACGAGGAGGAGCGCACCAACCUGGUGGACAUGCUCUAUGUCAAGGACCUGGCUCUGGUGGACCCGGACGACUGCGUGCCGCUCAGCACCAUCAGCAAGUUCUACAACCACCCCCUGCACUUCGUCUUCAACGACACCAAGCUGGACGCCGUCCUGGAGGAGUUUAAAAGAGGCAAAUCGCACCUGGCCAUUGUGCAGAAGGUGAACAACGAGGGAGAGGGCGACCCCUUCUACGAGGCCAUGGGGCUGGUGACGCUGGAGGAUGUCAUCGAGGAGAUCAUCAGGUCGGAGAUCCUGGACGAGUCGGACGACUACAAGGAGAACAAGGUGCGGAAGAGGCCGGCCCCCAUGGGCACCCUGCUGGAGCACAGGAAGGAAGAUUUCUCCUUGUUCAAGGGCUCUGACAACGAGCACAAGGUGAAGAUCUCCCCGCAGCUCUUGCUUGCCACACAGCGCUUCCUAUCCCGAGAGGUGGAUCUGUUCAGCCCGGCCCGCAUCUCCGAGAAGGUCCUGCUGCACCUGCUGAAGCACCCCAGCGUCAACCAGGAAGUGAAAUUCAAUGAGAGUGACCGCCUGGCGCCCGAGCACUACCUGUACCAGCGCAACCAGCCCGUCAACUACUUCAUCCUGGUCCUACAGGGCAGGGUGGAAGUGGAGAUCGGGAAGGAGGGGCUGAAAUUCGAGAAUGGAGCGUUCACGUACUACGGUGUCUCGGCGCUGAUGGCACCCUCCUCAGUUCACCAAUCGCCAGUGUCCACCCUGCGGCCGAACCGGCGUGAGCAACCGCUGGACUGCAGCGAGGGCACCUCCUAUUCCACGUACUGCCCCGACUACACCGUCCGGGCGCUUACCGACCUGCAGUUCAUCAAGGUGACCCGGCUGCAGUACCUCAACGCCCUCAUGGCCUCCAGGAUACAGCCGUCCCCCCAGUCGCCCGACAGCCUGGAGCUGAAGAUCGUCCCCAACAGCCAGACGAAGCUCCUGGACGACAGGAACGCUGUGCCAGGAAAAAGCAGCCAGCCCCUUGGGGAAGAGGAGCACAUGGGCAUCUAACCCCUCCCCCUGCAGGACCUGCUGACGGCAGCGUGGGAGCUGGCGCCAUCCUCCCGGCUGUCCUAGCCGCCUCUUGGCUGGGAGUCGGGCCCUGGGGACUCGCCUGACAGCAGCAGAAAUCUCAUGGGGUGGGAUGCCCCAGACGCCCGCCGUGCGCGCGCGCACACACACACCCCGUGCUGCCUGAAGGGGCUGCCCCAAAGGAUGCCAGCCACUUGGACUCUGCUCCAGAGGAUCUCGCUGCAUCAGGACCAACUGCCAGGGCAGCCAGAGCUGGAUUCUAGUCCACGGGAGAAUGACCCGAUCCCCCCUCGGUGGCCGGAGCCCCAGGCAGUAUCAGCACCUGUGCCGACAAACCUCCAGGGAGCAGCGCCCAGAUCGAACCAGACCCGCUGGCUGCUGGGGGCACCUGGCGAGCUGGGUGGAGGCUGCAGGAGAGCUGCUGGUGGCGGGUUGUGGGCUGGUUCCUCUAUAGGGUGCCCUCUGUGUGUGCCUGGACUAGGCAUUCCUCUCCUUGGUGUGUUCUCUGCCAGGCUCCCCUGGGCACCCUGGGCUAUCCCUCCUCUGCCCGUGUCAGCCUGGGCCAUUCCCCUGAGCCCGCCAAGCCAGCUCUGCUCCAGGAGCCAUGCUGGGAUGCCUCGGCCUGCCCCAGGGCAGAGCUCUAGGGUCAGUUACCUGUCUAGGCUUCCCUUCCCGUGGGGCGCUGGGUGUCACCCCAUCCCUGCCCUCCUAAGCCAGGGCCCAUCACCGCCAGCCCCUUCCAGCGGCUGCCAGCAGAGAGCCCACAUGGGAGGCUAGGCUCUGCCCCUGCACCCCUGGCUGUCUCUUCCCGAGGCACUGGGGGUGCUGCCCUUGCCCCAGGCUCUGCAACCUGAGCCAGUCUUCAUAAGUGGGCCCGGUGGGGCUGCCUGUCAGUCAGCGGGGUUGAUUGCUGGGGGGCACAGUCCUUGCAGCCCUGUCCUCCCCUUCCCCUGAGGAUGAGAGAUCACAGGGGCCACAGGCACACGGUGCCGCGAUUGCAGACUGCAUUGAGCAGCCCAAUGGACGGAGAUUCCCCACCCCUCGGACACGUUGCCUGGCCACAGGCCCCGGAGAGCUCAUAGCUGCCAGAGGGCUAAAGGUCUGACAUGGACACAGGGCCGCCGGGCUGGACACCUGCCUUGUUUGCUCCUCUCUACUACCCGUGUUUUCAAGGCGCUGGGUGGGAGAGCAGCGCCUGGCCCCAGAACAGCAGAGCCUGGCGCGUGCAGGUAAAGGAGUUGUAAUCU